AGCUUUCAGCAACUGACUCUGUUGUUUAGCUCCAUACCUAACCCAGAAAGUGCCCUCGCAGCAUCACGAGCAUAUGCGACCCACCCUCAUCUUGCAGGUUCAAUUGAAGAUUUCGAAGACGCAAAACCGACCGCUUGGAUUGACAUCUAUUACCCAGUAAUGAACACGCCGCUGGAUCGUAGUUUACAGAUUCUUGGAUCUCAGGGUGAGACUAUCUGGACUGCCGACCUUGUGGAGGAUGGCGACCCUCGCGACGAAGAAGCGCAUAAAUAUAAGGACGCUGUUCCCACCUGGCACGGCUUUAGCUGCGAUGGAGAUGUCACUGGACAGCUCGUAUAUGCAAAUUAUGGCUUGAAGGAAGACUACGAAGAGCUUGUUUCUCAAGGGGUUAACUUCACUGGGAAGAUAGUCAUUACGCGAUACGGUGGCAUUUUCAGGGGUCUGAAGGUGAAAGGUGCAGAAGAUCUAGGAGCAGCAGGCGUCUUGAUUUACUCCGACCCUCGCGAUGAUGGCUUCGUUACAGUGAAGAAUGGUUAUGCGCCUUAUCCUGCAGGACCAGCAAGGAACCCAACAGCUGUUCAACGUGGAAGCGUCCAAUAUCUCUCAUUUUAUCCUGGUGAUCCAACCACUCCAGGAUAUCCAGCCUACGAGAACUCCGACCGCACUGAAGGUGGCAAUAUCCCGAAAAUUCCCAGUUUACCCAUAUCCUGGGCGAAUGCAGAACGUCUUCUUGAAGAGAUUGGGGACAUAUACUUGGGCUCAGAUUCUUACGGCAGGAAGCGAGUCAGUGGGAAAGUUAGUGACACUCAUGUUAGACUAGUCAACCAUGUUGAUACGAAGAUUACUCCUAUCUGGAACACUAUGGCUUCUAUUCCCGGUCACAUCAAGAACGAGGUUGUCGUCAUCGGUUGUCACCGUGAUGCUUGGGUUAUGGGAGCAGCUGACCCGACGAGUGGCACUGUCUCUCUCCAUGAAAUAAUCCGAGGGUUUGGUUCUCUCUUAAGAAAAGGCUGGAAGCCAUUGAGAACAAUUGUCUUUGCCAGCUGGGAUGCUGAGGAGUACGGGCUGAUUGGUAGCACCGAAUGGGGAGAAGAUUUCCCAUCCUGGAUCGCAGAGCAUGUUGUGGCCUAUUUGAACGUUGAUGUGUCUGUGGCAGGCUCGCGCUGGACUGCUAGCGCUUCGCCAUCACUUGCACAUCUUUUCAAAAAGGCUGCUCUUGAUAUCCCACACCCCACUAUUCCUGGUAAGACUUUAUGGGAUGCACGAGAGGAUGACGGCAUUCUACCUCUGGGGAGCGGAAGUGACUUUACAGUGUUUUUGCAGCGACUUGGGGUGCGCUUCUCUGAUGAAGGCUUCGCAUUCACACCUUCUGAUGCAAUCUACCACUACCAUUCCAUUUACGACUCUCAGAGAUGGCAGGAAGUCUAUGGCGAUCCAGGUUUCCACCGUCAUGUUGCCGUUGCCAGACAUUUGGGCCUUGUCGGGCUACGUUUGAUCGAUUCUAUCAUUGUUCCGCUCAACACAACUCAAUACGCCCUUGAGCUCGAUGAAUACCUUGACCAGUCAGCUGUGGAUUUCGCGCCCCUAAGACAUUCAAUCAAAAAAUUGCAAAUUGCUAGCUUCAAGCUGGACAAAGAGAAGCUCAAAGCAGAAGCGAAAUUUAGGAAAAUUCUUGCGAGGGCGUUCUGGACACGUUAUCUCGAUAUUGACAUCCAUUACACGGAUGCUGCCAAUGAAUUCGCUGGUCACUCUAUUGAAGAAAUCGGUCAUCGUCCUUUCCCCAUUUCCAAACUCAUCAAGGCUGCAAAGCGUGUAUCCAGGGCCAACAACAAAUUAAAGGCCUUCGAGCGGGGGUUUAUCUCUGAGGGAGGCAUUAAGGACAGGGAAUGGUACAAACAUCUCGGUGUGGCGCCCGGGAAAUGGCUUGGUGCGAACCAUUUGCGUCCGUUGGCGACAGAUUACACUAACUCUCUUCAAGGAUAUGGAGCUACGACAUUGCCUGCCUUGACUGAGUCGUUGACGAUUGAUAAGAACGUGACCCUGGCGCAGUAUGAAGCUGAUCGACUGGUUGAACUCUUCAAUACUUUGGCAAGACAGACAAGACCUUGA